CUUCCUCCCAAGCCCAGACUUGAUUAUACUCCGUUCACCAACUCUUCCUAGGAACAACACAAUGUCCUCCCAAGAAUGCAGCCCCAAAGGGGCAAACCUAGAAAUCUCUUACACCCGUCUAUCCCCCUCGAUAGAGCCUAAUGGCAAGGAUCCAUCCCAUGCCCCCAUUGUCUUCCUCCAUGGCCUUUCAACCUGCCACAUGGAAUUCUCCCACACCACCCCUUUCCUCUCCAAGGACUACGAACUCAUCCUCGUCGACCAGCCAGGGCACUCGGGGUCGAGGGACAUCCUUCCCUUCACCCUUGACAACGCGAUUAACGCGCUCUCCCAUCUCGUCUCGACGAAAGUCGCAAGCGGCAGGGCGCACAUCGUCGGCCUGUCGCUCGGCGGUUUCGUAGCGCUGGAGUUUGCGCGGCGGUGUCCGGAGUUGGUGCUCAGCCUGUUCUGCACCGGGUGCGCGCCCUUGAGUGGGUACAGGAAAUGGUUCAUCUCGCGCCCGCGCCUGAUGGGAGGGAUAGAGAUCCUAUCGGGCAAGCUCACUCCUGAGUGGAUGUUCUGGUCUUAUAUCGGCGUGCAACCGUUUCCGAGGCUCAGGGAGGAGAUGCGAAGGAACCAUUCCAUAGAGCUGCUGAGGGCGGGCUACGGCGCGUGUACUGAGGUGACCAUAGGGAAGGUUGCUGAGAUCCGGGGCGUGAGGAUCGCUAUCGUGGCGGGUGGGAAGAAGGAUAGUGUUGAACGGACGAGGGAAGCAGGGAAGGUGCUCGCGAACACGAAUCCAGAGUGCAAGGCAUUCGUGGUGAGGGACGCGGUUCACUUGUGGGACUUGCAACUCCCAGAACUGUUCGCCCAAGGUGUAAGGGCCUGGGUCGAGGGAAGUGAAAUGCCAAAGGAAUUCGAACUGCUAAAAUGACAGGUGAGAAUCUAUAAAUGGAAAAGGAAAGGAAGAGGGAAUGGGAGCGUUGUGACGACUGUGUCGACUUUCCUUACCACUUAAGUAUUAU